UCUCUCUCUCUUCCAUUUCUUUAUUCAUUCUCAUGGCUACUGCCUCCGCCCCUGUAAUUGCGCCCCUCCUCCAACAAAUCAUCCCCACGCGCUUCUCAACUAGGACACAACACGCGCGCAAACUCAAACUCGGUCUCUGUCUGAAUGCUCAUCUUCACCAACCAUCCACUUUCCCGCCAGUUUCACUCCCCGCAACCUCAAAAUCCACAAGAUCGAACUACAUCUCGAGUUCAGUACCUCGCGCUUACGUUACUGGUCCUCCGAUCGUGACCGAAUCCGACCCGAGGAUUGACGAUUCGGAGCCCGAAUCCGAUAAGGCCGAGGCUUCGGAUUUGAUAAACCGGAAGCUUCUAUGGAGUCUCCUUGCCCGGCACAAGCUCAGACUCUGUCUUUCGGUGUUGGCUCUCUUUGGCGGCACCACGUGUACUCUGUCAAUGCCUAUAUUUUCUGGACGAUUCUUCGAAGUUCUCAUAGGCGCCAGACCAGAGCCUUUAUGGAAGCUGCUUAGCAAAGUGGGGCUUUUAUACUCAUUAGAGCCUAUUUUCACUGUUAUUUUUGUGGUAAAUAUGAAUACCAUAUGGGAGAAAGUUAUGUCAACACUUCGAGCUCAAAUUUUUAGAAGAGUUUUGGUUCAAAAGGCGGAGUUUUUUGAUCGAUACAAGGUUGGAGAGCUCAGUGGUUUGCUGACAUCUGAUUUGGGUUCUUUAAAAGAUGUUGUCAGUGAGAACAUUUCGAGGGAUCGAGGUUUCAGGGCCCUUUCCGAGGUUGUUGGGACGAUUUGCAUACUGUUUGCCCUAUCCCCCCAACUAGCCCCAAUUUUGGGCCUGUUGAUGCUUUUCGUGUCCGUUUCAGUUGCCACAUACAAGCGAUCAACUGUACCCGUGUUUAAAGCUCAUGGAAUGGCCCAAGCUUCUAUGUCUGACUGUGUAACAGAAACAUUUUCUGCAAUUCGAACUGUAAGGUCUUUUGGUGGGGAAAAACGUCAAAUGUUAAUGUUUGGUAGUCAGGUUCUUGCAUAUCAGAAAAGUGGUAUAAAGCUUGGCACUUUCAAAUCCAUAAAUGAAUCUUUGACCAGGACUGCUGUUUAUAUUUCUUUACUGGCCUUGUACUGUCUUGGAGGAAGCAAGGUGAAGGCGGGUGAACUAUCUGUUGGAACCGUGGCUUCAUUCAUUGGAUACACUUUUACUUUAACCUUUGCUGUUCAAGGACUGGUUAAUACAUUUGGAGACCUUCGAGGAACAUUUUCUUCUGUUGAGAGGAUUAACUCUAUUAUAUCUGGAGCAGAAAUUGAUGAAGCCCUUGCUUAUGGUUUGGAAAAAGAAAUCCAGAAGAAAGAAGUCCAUGAUGAAAAUAUCAAAUUGUUCAUCUCCAAUGGUGCUUUUGGGAAAAGUCAACAAUUAGAUUCACAUUACUGGUCAGCCCUGAAAUCGACAAGUGAUGUGGGUAGAUUAGCUUGGUCAGGCGAUGUUGCUCUUGAAGAUGUACACUUUUCUUAUCCUUCAAGGCCUGAUGUGGAAAUUCUUAAUGGACUCAAUUUAACUCUAAAAUGUGGAACUGUAACUGCCCUAGUAGGUUCAAGUGGUGCAGGCAAAAGCACAAUAGUACAACUAUUGGCACGCUUUUAUGAGCCAACUAGUGGCCGUAUAACAGUUUCUGGAGAGGAUGUUCGGACAUUUGACAAGAGUGAAUGGGCCCGAGUUGUUUCAGUAGUGAAUCAAGAACCUGUUCUCUUUUCGGUCUCUGUCGGAGAAAAUAUUGCAUAUGGGCUGCCAGAUGAUGUUGUUUCCAAGGACGACAUUAUUAAGGCGGCAAAAGCUGCAAAUGCUCAUGAAUUUAUAAUUUCUCUUCCACAGGGCUACGACACACUGGUUGGUGAGCGUGGAGGCUUGCUGAGUGGAGGACAGAGGCAGAGAAUUGCUAUUGCAAGAGCUCUUCUCAAGAAUGCUCCCAUCCUGAUCCUUGAUGAGGCAACAAGUGCUUUGGAUGCGGUUAGCGAGCGCCUGGUCCAGGAUGCUUUGAAUCAUCUAAUGAAAAGCAGAACAACAUUAGUAAUUGCUCAUAGAUUAAGCACAGUUCAGAACGCACAUCAAAUUGCUCUUUGUUCAAAUGGCCAGAUAGCAGAACUAGGAUCCCAUAUGGAAUUGCUGGUUAGGAAGGGGCAAUAUGCUUCAUUAGUUGACACCCAAAGGCUGGCGUUUGAAUAAAUAUCUGAUUCCGUAUAUACCCCUUCCGAAUGAAGACGGAGUCGAAGAGCAUGAUCUUGUCUAAACUAGUGGAAUCGCACAAAAAAGGGCGAGUUGUAGCAUCGACUUCCAUUGCCAAUUCUUUCUACUUGCUGCCUUAACUAGUGGCUUAAUGCUAGAUAAGUCAGUUGAGGAGGGUGAAGGACAUGAGUUGGAAAAGUUCAAUGGGCAGCUGUUUUACUUUCAAAUGUGUUGUUUGUCGUACGAGGCAACAAUGGUGGCAAACAGAUGUAUAGAAGAUAUAGUAGGAGGUCGUAUGAGGAACUAUUGUUGU